CCCUCCCCACCGAGGGGGCCCAGACCAGGCGCGCGAGACUCGGGGGCGGGGCGCCCCGCACCUGCCUGCGUGACAGGGGCGGGGCUCGGGCGGGAUCUGGAGGGCGGAACCCGCCGGCGCCCCACCCCGGGCGUCUACCCCGGCAGGCCGCCUGGCCUCGCCGCAGCCCGCAGCCCCCAGCUCCCCGCGUUGCGCUCCCACGCGCCCGCCCAUGGCCGGGAAGCUGCUGCCCCUGCUGCUGCCGUCGCUGCUGCUGGCCGCCGCGGGCCUCGCUGGCCUCCUCCUGCUGUGCGUCUCCACCCGCGACGUCCAGGAGCCUGCAGCCUUCAAGUAUGGCAUCGUCCUGGACGCUGGCUCCUCCCACACGUCCAUGUUCGUCUACAAGUGGCCAGCGGACAAGGAGAAUGGCACGGGCAUUGUGAGCCAGCACAGCUCCUGCCAAGUUCCAGGUGGGGGCAUCUCCAGCUACGCCGACAACCCCACUGGGGCCGGCCAGAGCCUUGUGGGAUGCCUGGAGCAGGCACUGCAGGACGUGCCCCAGGAGAGCCACACGGGCACACCCCUCUAUCUGGGAGCCACGGCAGGCAUGCGUCUGCUCAACCUAAGCCGUCCAGAGGCCGCGGCCCAGGUGCUGGCCGCCGUGACACAGGUGCUGGAACAGUCCCCCUUUGACUUCCGCGGGGCACGCAUCCUCUCUGGCCAGGACGAGGGCGUGUUUGGCUGGGUGACAGCCAAUUACCUCCUGGAGAACUUCAUCAAGUACGGCUGGGUGGGCCGCUGGUUCCGGCCCCGGAAGGGGACGCUGGGGGCCCUGGACCUGGGCGGGGCCUCCACACAGAUCACCUUUGAGACGGCUGGCCCUGUGGAGGACCCUGCUGAUGAGGUCCACCUGAGGCUCUACGGCCAGCAGUACCGAGUCUACACACAUAGUCACCUGUGCUAUGGCCGUGACCAGGUCCUGCGGAGGCUGCUGGCCCAUGCCCUCCAGACCCACAGGCUGCACCCCUGCUGGCCCAGGGGUUACUCCACUCGUGUGCGGGUGGGGGACGUGUUUCAAGCGCCCUGCGUGCAGCAGCCCCUGCCCUUCAACACCAGCGAGGAGGUGGUCCUGCAGGGCUCCGGCAGCCCAGCCCUCUGCCGUGAUCUGGUCUCCCAUCUCUUCAGCUCCCCUCCCUGCGGCUUCUCCCGCUGUUCCUUCGAUGGCGUCUUCCAGCCCCCUGUGGCUGGUAACUUCAUAGCCUUCUCGGCCUUCUACUACACGGUGGAGUUCCUGAAGUCACAGCUGGGGCUGCCACUGGCGACCCUGCAGCAGCUGGAGGCCGCGGUGGAGACGACCUGCAACCUGACCUGGCCACAGCUGCAGGCCCGGGCACCCAGGCAGCGUGCUCGCCUGGCCGACUACUGCGCAGUCGCCACGUUCGUGCAGCAACUGCUGAGCCGCUACGGCUUCGACGAGCGCUCCUUCGGCGGCCUGGCCUUCCAGAAGCAGGCCGCAGACACAGCGGUGGGCUGGGCGCUCGGCUACAUGCUGAACCUGACCAACCUGGUGCCCGCCGACGCGCCGGUGCUGCGCAAGGCCACGGCUCCUGGCGCCUGGGUCGCGCUCCUCCUGCUCUUCGCCGCCGCGCUCCUGGCUGCGCUGGUCCUGGGGCUGCGCCAGGUGCGCGCCGCCAAGUCGCCAACCGCCCUCUAGGGACGGGGACCCCGCUGGCGGGACGCGGGGUGGGCCUUGGGGGUCCCCUGCACUGCACCGCACCUGCAGCGGCCGGCCCCCAAGGCCGCCCGCGGGCCGGGACCCCCUUCCCAGCUGGCAGGACGCCGGAGUAGGCGGGGAGGCCCCGUUGGCCUCAGACCCGGCCCUCCUCUUCCCGGGGGUGGGGGAGGACCCCUCAGCCUGGGGUUGGGGCGGGGCCUCCAGAGUUUGCUAAUAAAACAUUCCACCCGAACG